GAUUCCUCUUCACAAAAUCACACUCAAAGCAUAUAAACCUGCUGGACCAUGAUCGAUACGUACCGACAACUCUCUUUCUCUCUUCAUGCAACUACCAACGAAGCUCGCUAUAAAACAAAAAAAAGUUAGGUAUAAAAAAAGGAAGAAGAAAAAGCAAGUUACCCGGGUAUCCUAUGAUGCCUCCACCACCAAUAUGUCUCUUUCUCUCUCUCUGUCUCUGUCUCUGUCCUUCUACCUCUCUUUUGUAUUCAGCUCCAACCAACCAAGGUAGCUGUUACUGUCUCCCCCCUUCCCCUAGCUUCCCUCUCUGUGCUAACCAAACAAAAAGGAUGUCAAAAGCCACGCGCCAAACAACAACAACGACAACAACAACACAAAUCAGGUGACUAGGGUAAAUUACGGAUUAUUUUUCGUUGUCCUUAAUGCUUCUUCUUCUUCUUCUUCUUCCUCCUUUCUUUCUUGCCCACCCAGCCAAGCCAAGUCCUU